AUGCAAGGGAAUAAGAAGCACACCGACGGACAAAGCGACUCCUCCAGUAUUGGAAGCCUCUUGGACGAGACAGACCGAGAGGUCUGCAGCCUCACGGACCGGGCCUUCAAAAGUCUCUGCCUGGACGAGCUGGAAACAUCUUACCCUGAGGCAGAUCCAGCUGUUUCGCCCCGCAUUCAGCAUCCAUUCUCCAACAAACACUUCCAAGGCCCCCGGAACCAUGCCAUCAAGAAAAACGCCGUCUCUAACAAGCUGCUGCCCAAAACCGAGGAGCAUCCGACAUUCCAGCAGUUACCAAAGGACACUCAAGAAGAGAAAAAGGCAGUUACAAACACCAUCCCGAACAUCAGGAGGAAGUUGGGCUUGCCGGUGCCCAAUUUGCACCAUUAUAAACAUACCUCAAAAGUGUCCUCUUUGAUAAAGACCUUCAAUAAGGCUGAAAACCAAGAGGCACCAGCCAUAGCGGCCCAGCCAGUUAAAAACAAUUUGUCGAAAUUUCCAUUGAUCUGUGGAGCCAACAUGGCCCUUUGGGGAAGCAAAACAAUCCUGCACGUCCCAAAAGAACUUUCCCAAUUUUCAGGGGUGGGAGAUGCACAGGGCAGGCCCGAGAUGCACAAAAGACUCCACAAACCAAUGGAUCUGCUCUGUCAAGGCCCGCCUCGUUUUUAUUCUGUCCCGGCAGCCGCUUCCAACAAACCGCAGUCCGGCAUCUCCACACUCUCUAAUAAGAUAUUGAAAAACAGAAUAGGGAAGGCAAAAGAGCUGGCUGGGAAGGGCAGUUUUCUGCACAGCGAGAACAGUGCUUUUGAAUCCUGGAAUGCGCAUCAUAAAAAGCUGACCAGAGUGGGGGGAUCUACUGAAUGUACACCUACAGAAGAGAAUCUUGCAUACUUGGAAGAAACGCCUUACUUUGAAGAGUCCUAUAUGUCUGAUCGUAAGCCGUCUCCCCUAGAGACUGCCGAUUCCGUAGUUCUAGAGCAGGAUUUCUCGUCAGAUGUGUUUCCACAGAACCCUCUGUCCCAAAUCUCUCUCUCGCCGGUCUCUCUGGGCCAGAGCCCUUGUCUCCUGCUCUCUAAAGCCAGAGACCCUCUCAUACCACCUUCCUCUGGUCUAGCAAUGUCUGCGGAUAGGAUCCCCACACCACCGCCCCUCCCAUCCAAACUCCCUUUCUCACGAGCGCUGGGCCCCCAGGUGGUUGCUUCCCCAGUACCAAUUUCCAGGGUUCCUGUUCCACUCCCCUACCUGCCUCAGACCCCUCUUCCAUGUGAAGCUGAUUCCCCCAAUGCCGACACACACGUGCCACUUGUCACUUCGCACCCAGAGAAGACAAAAGGUUUGGAACGUGAUCCGGAACUGGGAAAGGUUUGCCCACCCUGGAGGAGACAGAAGAUGGUCCUCAGGGGAAUGGAGUUGGCAGUGGAUGUGGCAAGAGAAGGGGGUGAAAUGAAAGAUUCCAUACGAGGGUACCCUUCAGACGUCAUUUCUUUAGCUGACGUGGCUGCUACGGAUUCCCACAUCACCUCAUCCGAUGCCUCCAGUCCGUCCUUCAACAUCACGCAACUCCUAACACCCCUCAUACCACCCAGGCAAGAGAAAGAGCCUUCCAACAGUCCAUUGUUGACACCUCCCCUCUCUGAGGCUGAAGCAGCUACAGAACCUGAGGAGAGAACAUUUCAUCGUUCUCAAAACGAUUAUAAGUCUAAAGCAUCAAGUUUGUUGUUCAACCUGAAGGAUAUCCGAAAACGUGUCAAAAGCACUUACAGCCCCGCUCCUCUCCUAAGGGCCUUUGAAGAGAAAAAGAAGAUCAAAGAACCAGAUGGCCUAAAAGGAAGUGGAAGGAACCUUUUGGAAGGAAACAGCUCGAAAUCAGGAGAAAAGGACGAAACGAGCGAGAAACCUUUGGGCAACAUGGGCAGCACCCGGGAAAAGGCAAGGACUGCCCAAUUGAAGGAGCGUCUCCUGGGUGAUUACCGGACUUUGAGUCCACCUUCACCAAAGGCAGACCGUUUGGGUUAUCAACAGAGAAAUAGUUUACCGCAGGAAAAUUCAGUGGAUUUUGAGGAUGCUGAGAUGGUCUCUGACACUGAGCUCCACCCAAAGGAUAACAGCCGAACUCAAUGUCCUCCUUCAUCCCAAAUGGAGCAGGACAUGUACCGGCAAAAUGUUGCCUUAUGGGAUCCUAAAACCAAAAGAGGGUCUCAAAGUCAUCCUGUUGAUGUGGGACCCCGUGAGUCCCCUACCCUAUUUUUCACAGUGGAAGAAAAUGUAAACGAUAGUGCGAGUCAGGCUUGCCCGGAAAGUGGGAACGAGCAGAAGGACAAAAGAAGCACCAGCUCUUCUGAGCAAUCAUUUGUCUCCAUCGUAGACCUGCCAUCUCAUGAGGAGUCCUUCUCUCUGAUGCAGCUCUUUCAGAAAGCGUGUCUUCAAGAGAGCAAGAGGAAUCAGGGCAAAGGGAGUGCAGAGGAGAAACCCAGCAACCAAGAAGGGGAAACGUCAGGCAGGCCGGAGGAGGCCUCGCAUGACCACGGCAUCAGCAACUACAACUCGAAGGUAGAUGGAAAGAGCAACGGGAAAGUGGAGCAGAACAAAGAGGAGAAUACGCCGCGAGAACGACUAGAGAGAGAGAAGAGAGAAGGCAGAGAGCACAGUCUGGAUUUGGUCACAGAAGGCAAGUCGGAAGAGCCACCGACACCCACUUUGUCUAUUUCCUUCAAGCCCAAUUUGUUCAAGAUAAAAGAUAACACGUUCAAGUCGCCCCCUGUGAUAAAAACAGUCAAGCUGCCUUUGUUCAGAUCCUUAUCCUGUGAUGGUGCCAUUGCGGGUGGUUACAGGGAGAGCGAGAGGCAGGCCUGCGGGCCAUUUCGAACCACUCCAGUGAUUCAAGAGACAGACUGGCCUUUAUCGAGGAACCGAAGGCAACAUAGGACAUGGAAGGCGGCAGCUGCAAAAGGCAGGGAAGCAGAUGAGUCAAGAUACAGCCCAGCAAGGACAGAAGAAGACAACCUGGCAGCAGAAUCUACCUUUCAAGAAGAGCUAGGGAGCUUUUAUGAACAGCAGCCAGUGGAAGAUGAUGAAGGAAUGGCUUUUAUCCCAGGGAUAGUACAAAACAAGGAUAAAGACCACGAGGAACAACUGACCCGGGGCAAAGGAAAUGUCAGGACCAGGAAACUGAGGCCAAGUUCCACCAGCCAGCUACAUCUGGAAGUUGACCUAGUGCAAAACGAGAUCCGGUCCCCUACGAGAGAAAAGACAAAUUAUUAUAAGAAUAAUCCCUUGUCCAAACGCAGAAGUGGUUCUUGCAUGAAAAAAGUGAUAACUCGAGAGGCAAGAUCUCCUGCAACAUCAGAGACCCAGGCCUAUUCUCCUGCUUUCAGCGACGCUUUUGGAGAUACUCUGUGCACGGCUAUCCUAACAAGUUCCAAUGUCCCUAGUCCAAGGUCAGACUGCACAAUGCACUCUGCCUUCACAAGUCUGUUGUCAGACACAACGGCAACCUGCAGCACAGCAGAGGCUGAGAAAACAGCAACUUCCUCUUCACUGCACAGGGGGUCACAAGGCAACGAUAACCCUUCUACGGCAGAAACAUCCGAGCCAAUGCAGAUGAGUCAGCUCUCUGGACACAUGGAUAGCUCUCCUGGGGCAAACGAGAGACCUCAGCUGAUGAGACAAAUGGUAAAGACGGCGGCCAAACCCCCGGCUGUACCACCCAAAACAGAAAAGGCAUUACGGCGGGCAAAGAAACUGGCAAAUAGAAGGAAAAAGAUAGAGGCACAGCAGAAAAAGCCCCUGGUGGAAUCACUACUGCCACGUGAAGAUAUCACACCCUUGCCAUCCGCUCAGUCUCCACUCUUGCCAGCACACCUUAGCUCACCUGUGAUGUCUUCCGAACCUAACCAGGUGACAUUACCACCCAUCCCCUCAAGUCCCACACCCUCUUCUCCUGCGACUCAGCGUAAACUCCUCCAGGAUCCAGAUUCUGGAGAGUAUUUCAUGGUAGAUCUGCCCACCCAAUUCAAGACUUUGUAUGAUCCAGAAAGUGGCAAAUACAUUCAAGUCUCACUUCCCUCUUCAAAAAGGAACUCGUCCCAAAUGCCCUCUUCGGAGAUUCUCGCUCCACCUUAUGUCCUAUACCCCAGUGCUCUCCCCCUCAGAGUUUCGUCUGUCCAGGGUCGAGCAUCUCCUUCUCAGCUUUCUGAACCCGCUUCGCUCGUGCAAGGAGCCCUCUCAGAAUCAGCUCCCGAUUGGCAGCAAGAUGGCCGCUAUCUAGAAUCACUGAACAGCCAACCCUACCUUGAGUCUGCUGUAUCUGAGGAUCAUACCCGAGAAGCUGACGGGCCACUGUUUAACUUUGAAAGGGACAUGGGCCUCUCUGACAAGACAGACAUUAUUUCACUCGGUGCCAUCGAAGAUUUUGCCGUCGAAGGGAUAUCGUGA